CGCCUGCGGGGCACCUCGCUCUCCAUGGGGCUGCGGGACUGGCUGAGGAUCGUGUGCUGCUACUGCUGCCCGUGCAAGUGCCUGGAGGAGCCCGCUGUGCCCGAGAAGGAGCCGCUGGUCAGUGACAACAACCCAUAUUCUUCGUUUGGAGCAACUCUGGCCAGGGAUGACGAGAAGAACCUGUGGAGUAUGCCUCACGAUGUGUCUCACACAGAGGCCGAUGACGACAGGAUCCUGUACAAUUUGAUAGUCGUUCGGAAUCAGCAGGCCAAAGAUUCAGAGGAGUGGCAAAAACUCAACUAUGAUAUCUACACCCUGCGACAGAUUCGAAGGGAAGUGAGAAGUAGAUGGAAACGCAUUUUAGAAGAUUUAGGUUUUCAAAGGGAAGCAGAUUCUUUGUUGUCGGUGACGAAACUCAGCACCAUCAGUGAUUCUAAGAACACAAGGAAGGCUCGGGAGAUGUUGUUGAGACUGGCCGAAGAGACCAAUAUUUUCCCAACCAGCUGGGAGCUCUCAGAGAGAUACCUCUUUGUUGUGGACCGUCUCAUUGCACUCGAUGCUGCGGAAGAGUUCUUUAAAAUUGCCAGUCGAACUUACCCCAAGAAGCCUGGGGUCCCAUGCCUGGCAGAUGGCGAGAAAGAAUUGCACUGCCUUCCGUUUCCAAGUCCCUAAAGGAGAGGCUGCGAGGCAACACUGGAAUUCUUCCACUGGAAUUCUUCCACUGGAACUCAACAGCCAACCAAAGUUGGACAAGUGCUAGAGGGCUAGCUAAGGGAAGAAGGAUUCUGGCUCCUACAGAAAUCUAAGGGUUUGAAUGUCUGGUCAUCAUGAGGACGUGACUCUGUGAAAUGUUCAGGUUACAUUGAAACACCCUAGGGACCUUGCAUCAGCAAGUUGGUCAGCGGGAUAUUUCAUCAUGGGUGAUUAGCUUCCAAGAACUCGUUGCCCCUGUUUUGGUUUUGGUUGUACAAUAAGCUCUAAACACUGGUCCUGCUGGGAGAAUGGGAAAUUCUAGUUAAUAAAACAGUAAGAUUAAUAGAACUACCAUUGAACCCAUAUAUGGAUUACCAAUGUUUAAGUAAUUGUUACACAAUACAGGCUAACACCAAAAUAAUACCAGGCAUCACAUGACCUUUCCUUGACUUGGAAGCACCUACAGAGCCUUGGAGGUGUUUGAGGCCUCAUUCUGAGUAUCUGUUAUGAUGACUCAGAAGUUUAGAUGUACCCAGUAAUAGAAACACCUAGGAGUGCUGCUCAGAAGUGAGUCCCAAAUAGAAUGAUCCCAAGGAGUACUUCUGCAGCUACAUGUAAAAAGCUCUGUCUUCAGUUGUGGCACAAGCAUCUUAAUGUCCCAACAUUAUUGAGAUCUGGUUACCUCAUUUUUGAAAAUGCCCAGCCCUGAUCCACAAGCCCUUGAUAUUUUAUCUGGGAUGGCACCUGUUUGACCUCCACUUUCUUCUCUUCUGUUUAGUCUGUCCCCAACUUAUCAGCCGAGAGUGGCACCUGUCCAGGGACCCCCAAGCAGACUUGCAGCUCUAUAGGCAGUGUUGCAUUGAAGGUCCUUGCUGGACUUUCUCCCUUUCUGAAGAUGAUUUUUCAAACUGGAGCAGUUCUGUCAACACAGCUUGUUUCUAUGCACAGAUUGAGCCGUCCAGCUUCCAAAGUGACUUGCCACGUAGGCAAGGAGCUUGCCAUGAAAUCAUGGUUCAUUUUAUUGAAAAGACUUUCAGAGCCUGUAGGAUUUCUCCAUAGAUUGCUGAGAACAAUGGCAAUAUUUUUACUUUUACAGAUUUUGCUCUUCUGACUUCAAGUUAAAAAGUAACUUGUAUUUAGUCUGCACAGGGGAUUGUGACUUGAAAAUUUUCCUAUCCUGACUGGCCCUUUUGGCAGUGAAGACAAUGUUUAAGAUGUUUGUUAGAGGAGAUGCGUGUUCUCCAUUUACGAAUGCAUUGCAGACCAAUUUAACUGACAUGUUUCAGGUAAAUUCUUCCUAGUUUAGUAAGUAAACUGAAAGUUUUAUUUUUUAAAAUAAAAAAUAUAUUUUUAUUUUGUUUUAUGUAGUACUUAAUCCCUCUCUCAUGUUGUUGAAAAUUAGCCUGAAGGUAUUUUUCCUCACGUCUGUGGGCUCUUGCAAGAUAAACAUACAAACAGUGAAACAAACAAUAAAUUAAACCAAAAAAAAAAAA